AUGUGCAGCAACGAGAGCCCGCCGCCGGCGAAGGAACCACUGGCCGUCGGCCUGGGUAAUCAUAUGGCCGGCUUUCUACCAGGUCUCGAGCACUAUCGGCUUCACCUGUACCAUUAUGCGAUGGCGGAACGAUUGCGGCUGGCGCAGAGUUUACAUCCGCAGCAUCCUGGUGUGGCGGCACAUCCGCCGUCGGGUGCGCCGACAGCCCAUCUAGGAAUGAGUCCGGGUUUCCCGGCGCCACUGCCGCUGUAUCCGGCAGCCGCGGCCGCGGCCGGCUAUCCCAGCCGACUGGCCUUGUCCAUGGCGCUGCUGCAUCCGCAUCAUCAGCGAAUACCCGAAGAGCCGAAACCUCAGCACAGCUACAUCGGCCUGAUCGCCAUGGCGAUACUGUCGUCGCCGGAGAAGAAGCUUGUGCUGUCCGACAUCUAUCAGCAUAUCCUCGAGCACUAUCCCUACUUUCGUACCCGCGGACCCGGCUGGCGAAACUCAAUCCGGCACAAUCUUUCGCUCAAUGACUGCUUUGUCAAAUCCGGCAGAAGUGCCAACGGCAAGGGCCAUUACUGGGCGAUACAUCCGGCGAAUUUGGAAGACUUUCGACGCGGUGACUUCCGCCGGCGCAAGGCUCAGCGCAAGGUGCGCCGGCACAUGGGCCUGGCGGUGGACGAGGAGCCGGACAGUCCCAGUCCGCCGCCCUUGCCCGCCACUCCGCCACCCUCGACGGCCCUCGGACCCUCGGUGGCCUCGCAACAGAUAUCUGCGAUGUGGCCGCAUCAUCACCACCACCAACAGCAGCAACAGCAGCAGCAACAACAGAACUCCUUUCAGAGCCAGUCUCUUCGACAAUCGUCCUUUCAGCCGAGAAAGCGACAAUUCGACGUGGCAUCCCUGCUUGCGCCAGACGAUCAGCAUCAAAUUGAGGCUGACGUGCUGAGAUCGGUCAAGUCGCGCAAGUUCAGUUGCAGCGAGGACGAGCUGCCAGAGGCCGAUCAGGACGACGAGGACGUCGAUGUCGACGUGGUGGCCGAUGCAAACGCCUUACCAUCGCCCGGCACACCGCCGUCGACUAGCCCGGAACUACCCAAAGUCGUGUCACCGGCUCAUUGGAACAAUCAGAGUGUACAGAGCGGCGGUCAGCAACAGCAGCAACAGCAACUGUCAGCCGUACACCUUCACAAUCAUCUACACGUCAGAAAUUACUACAUCCCAGCUAACUCCGCCGGCGGUUCCAGCGUCUAAUGGCGAGCUUAGAAGAAGCCGGUCGAUCCGUGCGGCAGGUAGCUGCUCGUAUCUCAAGUGCAUCCACGAUCUUCUCUCGUUUCCUAUCCUUUCCACGCGGUUUCGAGAGCUCUGAAUGUAUGCGUCCCACUCUUGCAACGCAUUAUUCUCUCAUCUACGAUAUGUUCUUUGGCAAACUUAUAUAGUCAAUUAUUCCUCAAUAAAGAUAUCGCGAUAUAUACUCAUGGUUUUCGAAACGAAAAAGUUUUCGAUGAAAUAAAAUAGUUCAGUAGAAAAUAUAACAAAUAACAAGAUUAUAUUUUUCAAUUAAUUUUAAACAAAAUUUAAUAGCAUUUUGAGAUUAACUGCAAAGAGAUGUAAUAUUAAAAAAUAGAAAAUUACUCCAUAAAUGGAAUUAUCUUGUUCAAUUAAAGUAAAUAUAUAAAGAAAUAGAAAUUAAUUAAUUAAUAAGUAAUGAGUUUCGUCGACAUUAAAUUGAUUGAUGAAUAUAUCAUCACAAAAUAAUGCGACAAAAGUGGGAUACACUGUACGCAAAGAUUUGAAAAUGAUACGGGCUCAAAAGAUAAUGAUUAAAUUCUAGGAGAGGACAGUUAAAGUUACUAAGAAUUUUAACAGUCUCAUAAUAUUCCGAUAUAAAUAGCGUGCAUUAAUUAGCUCAUUGUAAAAAAAGCAAUAUAUUGAA